CAUGUAGUGUUUAAGAGCUUUGAGAUACUUUUCUGUAUGGUCUUAAGUACCUAUGGGACCAGCUGAUCCUAUUUUGGGAGUAGCUGCUUAAUUCAAGGCUGAUCCAAGCACUUAAAAAGUAAAUUUAAGUAUAGGAGCUUAUCGUGAUAAUGAUGGAAAGCCAGUUGUACUUGAGUCAGUUAAGAGAGUAACUAAAUUUAUAUAUAAUAGGCUGAAUAAAUAAUAAAAGAGAAGAAAUUAGAUAAUGAAUAUCUUCCAGUUGAAGGACUUCAAUCAUUUAUUGAUGCUUCUAUAAAAUUAGGUUAUGGAGAUGCUUACUAUGCUUAAAAUGGAAAAAGUAUUGCAGGAUGUUAAGUAUUGAGUGGAACAGGUGCAGUUAGACUUGGAUUUGAAUUUGCUAAGAAAUUCUUACCUUAAGGUACAAAAGUAUAUAUGCCAAAUCCAACAUGGCCAAAUCAUCAUAAUAUUGCUAGAAUGGCAGGAUUAGAAAUUUUAGAAUAUCGUUAUUUUGAUCCAAAAACACGUGGAGUUGAUUUUUCAGGAUUAGUAGAAGAUUUGAAUAAGGCUUAAAAUGGAUCAGUUAUCUUAUUCCAUGCUUGUGCUCAUAAUCCAACUGGUUGUGAUUUGACAUCAGCUUAAUGGACAUAAUUAUUAGAUUUGACUAAAAAGAAGAAUUUCCUUCCAUUUUUUGAUAUGGCUUAUUAAGGUUUCACAAGUGGAGAUGUAAAUAAAGAUGCUGAAGCAGUUAGAUUAUUUACAAAUUAAGGAGUUUCUAUUGUUUUAGGAUAAUCAUUUGCUAAAAAUAUGGGAUUAUAUGGGUAAAGAACAGGAUGUCUUAGUUUUGUAUGUGCUAAUUAAUAAGAAAAAGAGAAAGUUGUUUCAUAAUUGAAAUUGUUAGCUAGACCAUUAUGGUCAAGUCCACCACUUCAUGGUGCUAGAGUAGCUGAUAUCAUUCUCAAUACACCAGAACUUAAUUAAUUAUGGUUAUCAGAAGUUAAAAUGAUGGCAACUAGAAUUUAAUUAAUGAGAGUAAGUUUAGCUGAAACUUUAAAGAAUCUAGGUUCUCCUCAUGAUUGGUCACACAUAUCCAAAUAAAUUGGUAUGUUUGCAUUUACUGUAAUAAUUUAAUUCAUAUUUUUUAGGGUGUUGGUCCAGAUCAUGUAAAAGAAUUGAUUGCUAAAUAUCAUAUCUAUUUAUUAAGUAGUGGAAGAAUAUCAAUUGCAGGAUUAAAUGAAGGAAAUGUUAAGUAUGUUGCUGAAGCAUUCCAUGAUGUGACCAAGAAUACAAAAUUGUGAAGUAUUANGAAGGACUUCAAUCAUUUAUUGAUGCUUCUAUAAAAUUAGGUUAUGGAGAUGCUUAUUAUGCUUAAAAUGGAAAAAGUAUUGCAGGAUGUUAAGUAUUGAGUGGAACAGGUGCAGUUAGACUUGGAUUUGAAUUUGCUAAGAAAUUCUUACCUUAAGGUACAAAAGUAUAUAUGCCAAAUCCAACAUGGCCAAAUCAUCAUAAUAUUGCUAGAAUGGCAGGAUUAGAAAUUUUAGAAUAUCGUUAUUUUGAUCCAAAAACACGUGGAGUUGAUUUUUCAGGAUUAGUAGAAGAUUUGAAUAAGGCUUAAAAUGGAUCAGUUAUCUUAUUCCAUGCUUGUGCUCAUAAUCCAACUGGUUGUGAUUUGACAUCAGCUUAAUGGACAUAAUUAUUAGAUUUGACUAAAAAGAAGAAUUUCCUUCCAUUUUUUGAUAUGGCUUAUUAAGGUUUCACAAGUGGAGAUGUAAAUAAAGAUGCUGAAGCAGUUAGAUUAUUUACAAAUUAAGGAGUUUCUAUUGUUUUAGGAUAAUCAUUUGCUAAAAAUAUGGGAUUAUAUGGAUAAAGAACAGGAUGUCUUAGUUUUGUAUGUGCUAAUUAAUAAGAAAAAGAGAAAGUUGUUUCAUAAUUGAAAUUGUUAGCUAGACCAUUAUGGUCAAGUCCACCACUUCAUGGUGCUAGAGUGGCUGAUAUCAUUCUCAAUACACCAGAACUUAAUUAAUUAUGGUUAUCAGAAGUUAAAAUGAUGGCAACUAGAAUUUAAUUAAUGAGAGUAAGUUUAGCUGAAACUUUAAAGAAUCUAGGUUCUCCUCAUGAUUGGUCACACAUAUCCAAAUAAAUUGGUAUGUUUGCAUUUACUGUAAUAAUUUAAUUCAUAUUUUUUAGGGUGUUGGUCCAGAUCAUGUAAAAGAAUUGAUUGCUAAAUAUCAUAUCUAUUUAUUAAGUAGUGGAAGAAUAUCAAUUGCAGGAUUAAAUGAAGGAAAUGUUAAGUAUGUUGCUGAAGCAUUCCAUGAUGUGACCAAGAAUACAAAAUUGUGAAGU